AUGGCCCCCAUUGGAGUCGCUCUCAUUGGCGGGGGAAUAUUUGUCAAGGAAGAGCACCUGCCUGGGGUUUUAGCGUGCGAGACCUUGGCCCUGAAGGCCAUCUACUCGAGGUCGCUCAAGUCUGCCCAGGACACAGCCUCGCUGGUCCCAAGCUCGCACCCGCCUGUUGAUCUGUAUUCUGAGGACUCUGGGGAGGGCAAAUCCUACGAUGAUGUUCUGAAGCGUACCGACGUCGCGGCAGUCAUUAUCGCCCUGCCCAUUCGCAACCAACCAGAGUACAUCAAGAAGGCUCUCGCUGCUGGCAAGCACGUCUUGUCAGAGAAGCCAGCCGCUCCGGACUCGGCUGCCGCGGUGGAGCUCAUCAAGUGGUACCAUGGCAUCUCCGCUGAGAAGCGCGUCACUUGGGCCGUCGCUGAGCAGUUCCGGUACCUGGACAAGUAUGUCUGGGCUGGCCAGGAAGCCCGUAAGCUCGGCAAGGUGACUGGCUUCGUGGUCAAAGUCUUUUACAUGAUGAAGCCUGACAACAAAUAUGUCGGCACCGACUGGCGUCGCAACCCGACCCACGACUAUGGGUUUGUCUUGGACGCUGGCGUGCACUGGGUCGCUGCCAUGCGGUUGAUGCUUGGCGACGAGACGGUAGAGUCCGUCAUGGGAUUCUCCCACACCGGAACCCAGCAUCUACCUCCGCCGGACUCUCUCCAUGGCGUCCUUAGACUGAAAUCCGGCGCGGCGGGCUCGUUCUUGUGCUCGGUGGGCUCCACAUUCGCAGCCCAAGACUACACCGUUAUCUGUGAGAAGGGAAGCGUGACAGUCUCCCGGGACCGAGUCACCCUCGUGAGUGGCACCGACAGGGAGGAUAAGGAUUUUGAGUUUCGGAGCGCCGUGCCCAUAGAGAUUCGCGCCUGGGCGGAUGCCAUGGCGGCCGGCAAGCCCGACCCACGCCAGAGUCCAGAGGAGGCUCUCGCGGACCUAGAGCUCCUGGAGGGGUUGCUCAAGAGUGCCGAAAAAGAGGGAGAGCGACGCUACUUGAAGCACCAGUAG